UGAUAAAGCUCUGGCUAGCUAGCUAACGCCAACAUAGGCUAUCGUAUAAAUGCAGUCAAUGUAUCAUGCAAAGAAAAGUGAUUACUUCAAACUACAGUCUCUCAUAGUCAGACCUAUAUCCACACUUUGUUUUAGCCCUGUUCCAGCACUGGAGAGUCAAAUAUAAUAUACAGUCUCAAAGUUUGUAGUAAAACAAUCAUAACUGUAUAAUUUUAAUUAUGCUACCUCAUCUGUCAUCAUGAUGCCGGUGAAUCACGUUCAGUCUCAUUGUUUUGGUCCCUAUGGAGUGUGUGCACGCGAUCACGAGCAACAGGCUGCAGUUCACUUAACGGCCACAGGUGUCAUUAAUAACAAGUGUUUCUGAAUCUUACAUACCGCACCUUUAAUUGUUUUAUUGUGAUAAAAGAAAACGAAACAUAUUUUUAUCUUUAUAAAUUGUGUUUAACAUGUUAUCUAAUAUAAGAAGACAUGUGACAGACAUACAGUAUGUACUGUAUAUUAGAAAUAGUCCGGCACUUAAUCGGACUAUUGGACUUGAUCAACAAUAGAAAAAAUAAUUACAGUAAUUAAAGGUGCACUCAGUAAUUCUAUCUUCAUUAAAAAAGUUUAACUCAUUAAGACAUCAGUUGGUAUUUUGCAGUAUAUGUAUAAAAUCAUGAGCACUCACAUGAGAUGAGGACUCUAGUCAUAUCAGUAACCUUAUAAAAGCUGUUUUAUUCUACAUAGGGCAGGGGCACCCUCAUGGGGGCGGCCAUUUUAGAGCCACGUGACCAGCUGAAUACUACUCGCUUAAUCUCAGUUAUCAUCUUGUUAUUGGACACUUUCACUCUUGGAUCAAUCAUGGCUGAUUGUGAAAAGUGAAUUUCUACAAUGGCGUCUGUAACUGAAAACUAUUGAUUUUGAAUUAUGCUGCAUCCACACCACUAGGUGUCACUCCAGUAAAGCUGAAUGAAGAGGAACUGGCAACCGCCUGCAAAAAGCAGUAUAAAAGUAAUUUUGAUACAGGCAUAAAAAUGAUCUGCUAUCACAAUGUUAUGGUAGACGUGACACAUGCCUUCAGUGCGCAACACCAUUUCGACAAUGAGAAAUUUAACGAGGGGAAAAAGCUCAUAACUGAUGGAAUGGACAAAACCAUAAAUGACAUGAAAAAUGGAAAAUUUGAUGAUGCAAGAGAGGCACUUGGGGAAAUUCUGCAUACUUUACAGGAUUUCUACAGUCACAGUAACUGGAUUGAGCUGAAAAACACCAAACCUUACAGUGAGCUCAUCGAUCCAAAUAAAAAACUAACCAACCUUGCAGAGAAAAGUGAAGAAACGUGUGUUGAACUUUGUCGUAAGGGCAGCUGUGGGGCAGAAUUUCGGAAAGACCUAAAGGUUCUGACAUCAGGAUACUUUGAAUUACUACCAGUAAAUAAACCAAAAGGAAAGUGCAGUCAUGGAGGAAUUUCUGACUCUACAACUGGCCUUGGGAAAAGCUGGGAUGGUAUAAAUAAGGAUUACAAAGAAUCCAACAAUGGUCAUGGUGUUCUUCAUAACACAGCUUCAAAUCUUGCUACUGAUGCCACUGUGCAACUCCUGGAGAACAUCUGGAAGAAAACUGACAAUUCAAAGUUCCUCAGACUGGUGGGGCUUCAUGAAGAAGAACCAGCAGGAGCAUGGAGAACUUCCUUGCAUUUUAUUUUGCUUACUUCAAGAUAUCCAGAUGCAAACAAGCCAGAUGAAAUGGGGACAAUGGAAUAGUAUGAAAUGUGUUAAAACAUAUUUUCAAAUCUCUUUAUAUCUAUGUUGCUUAUAUUGAAUUUGAAUUGAAUACUGUAUGUCUCUUACUUUCUAUGCUUUUUAAAGUUAAUAGAAAAAAUGCUUAGUUAUCAUAGCAAAUCAAGGGCACGAUGUAUUUUUAUUACACUACUGACACAAAGGUCAAAUGACAUUAGAAGUUAGAGUUUUUCCAGUUUAACAUGUUUGCUUCAGAAAUUGAGUUUACUUAAUUCAGAUAUUCAGUUGAUAAGCUGAUUAUACUGACUCUGAGAUCUGACAGUCUGUCUACAGUUACUUGUGAAAAUGCAACAUCUGAUGUGAAUGACUUUACAUCCUCUGAUGGUUAACUACAACUGAAUGUAUUUAAUCUAGGCUUCAUUUACUUGAAGUCAUUUAGAAAUACAUUAAAGAGAAAAAAAAUGAAGCAUCUGGUAUUCCAUAAAAAUCCAGCUUUGCCUUACAGAAUAUGAGGAAACAAUGAUACGAGCAAGUGAUUCUCCAAAGUCUCCAAAGUAUUUCAGUUCUAAUCUACAAUUUUGGUUGAUUGUAUCUGUCAUGUUUCCAUCUAUUGGCUGCAAUAAGAAACCGUAAUACUGUGUGGAUUGGUGUACAUGACUCGUGAUUCAGAGAUUAAGAUCAAGGCCUCUGGGAUUGUUUAUCACUAGUUUUGUCUGUACUGGAUCAUUUGAAAUGCCUGUUUUAUUUUUGAUAAUUUGAUAACUUAUUCUGUAUUUGUAUCUUUCACUGACCAGAAUUGCUCAUUAAAUCUCUGC